CUGCGGACUACAUUUCCCAUAGCCCUGAGCGUCCAUCCCGCCUCUCUCACCCCCCUCUAGCCUCUGAGCUCCCGCCUCUCUCUCCCUCGCUCUUUCUAUCUCUCUGUCCGCCGCCUCCUCCGCGCGCUUCAGUUGCCAGUGUCCGCUGCCGGGGAGAACCGUUGGAGUCCAACAUGUCGGGUGACGAUGAACAGCAGGAGCAGACCAUCGCCGAGGACCUGGUGGUCACCAAGUACAAGAUGGGGGGCGACAUCGCGAACAGGGUUCUCCGUGCCCUGGUGGAUGCAGCAACACCCAAUGCUUCAAUCUUGAGUCUUUGUGAAAAGGGGGAUAACCUGAUCAUGGAGGAAACUGGCAAAAUCUUCAAGAAGGAGAAGGAAAUAAAAAAAGGAAUUGCCUUCCCCACUUGUAUAUCUGUAAAUAACACGGUGUGUCACUUCUCCCCCUUGAAGAGUGACCAAGAUUAUCUUCUGAAAGAUGGGGAUCUGGUAAAGAUAGACUUGGGAGUCCAUGUUGAUGGGUUCAUCUCUAAUGUUGCACACAGUCUUGUUGUCGGUGCUUCCAAAGAUUCCCCAGUGACUGGACGCAAAGCGGAUGUAAUUAAAGCAGCUCAUCUAUGCGCAGAAGCAGCCCUACGUCUUGUAAAGCCAGGAAACCAGAACUCACAGGUAACUGAAGCAUGGAACAAAAUUUCACCAUCAUUUAACUGCACUCCUAUUGAAGGUAUGCUUUCCCACCAAUUAAAGCAGCAUGUUAUUGAUGGAGAAAAGACCAUCAUUCAAAAUCCAACUGACCAGCAAAAGAAAGACCAUGAAAAGGUGGAGUUUGAAGUCCAUGAGGUUUACGCCGUUGAUGUUCUCAUUAGCACGGGAGAGGGAAAGGCAAGAGAUGCUGGACAGAGGACAACCAUUUACAAAAGGGACCCAUCUAAACAAUAUGGCUUGAAAAUGAAAACCUCCCGUGCCUUUUUUAGUGAAGUGGAGAGACGCUUUGAUGCCAUGCCAUUCACUCUCAGGGCAUUUGAAGAUGAAAAGAAAGCAAGAAUGGGUGUGGUAGAAUGCGCCAAACAUGAGCUGCUCCAGCCAUUCAAUGUACUCUAUGAAAAGGAAGGAGAAUUUGUGGCUCAAUUUAAAUUCACAGUUCUUUUGAUGCCCAAUGGCCCCAUGAGAAUAACCAGUGGGCCUUUCGAUCUUGAUUUAUUCAAGUCCGAAUUUGAGGUGCAGGAUGCGGAGUUAAAGGCACUUCUGCAAAGUUCAGCCAGCCGGAAGACCCAAAAAAAGAAGAAAAAGAAGGCUUCUAAGAACGCCGAACAUGCUGCUGCUGAAGAUAAUGAAGGCACAGAGUGAGGGAGAAUUCCUGCCAAAAUGAUUGACUUCAACCUGCCAGUUUAUUUUUUAGUACUGCGUUACUUUUACCUCUUCCCCCUCCUUCACAAACAAAUAAUGAAAUGAAACUCAGAAAAAAAUACCUUUGUUCUGUCCUUAUAAAAAAAAAAAAAGUCAAUCUGGGCUUCCCCCAGCACCCUUUUUGGAUACAAACAUGGACAUUAAUGGAAGAGUGUUUUGGAAUUCACGUCAGACUACUUUACCAAAAGUAUAUAUAUAUAUCUAUUAAAAACAAAAAAGUAAUUCAGGCAUAAAACCAGUCUUUAAGACCAUCUUUUUAAGCAAAAAAACAAAACAAAAACAGGAUUGGAACAAGUCACCUAUUUAUAUUAAUACCACUGCUGCCACUAUGUCUGCAAAAUAUUACACUACUUAAUUAAACCUGUUCUUGACUGUCCCCAUUUGGCAAAACAGACAAGGCCUAAACAAAAAAAUAUUCUCCUGGUUAUGUAAGGAUUGUAUUUUAACUCUGCAAUUUUGGACUCCAAUAUGUAACUAGAAACGUCAUUGACACUGGGCUGACAGAUCUAUAAUGCUGGAUCUCUGGUCAAACCAUGUGUCCUCUGCCUCAGCUACCCUUCUGGCUGUAAGACUGUCGGUUGAUUGCGCAAAGCUGAAUGUUAUAACCACAAGUAGUACAUCAGACUGAGUGAUGCUGCCCAUGAAAUAAGUAAAUAAUUUAAUUUGAGUUUUUUUUUGUUUUUUUUUUUAAAUGCUGUGACAGAGUAACAAAUCUGGCUUUUUUUUUUUCCUCAUUGAGGCUGCUUGUAUCUUGUAGUUAACAUUGUAAUUCCUUUGUAGUCUGAAUGAUAUCCACAUUCAUUACAAUGUUAAUUGCAAUGCUAGGACAUGUUUAGCAGUCUUAUAAUCCUUCGACUUUGCUCAAGGAAGGACGCGCAUUUGUGUUUUCUGUUUUAAUGUGACUUGACACUUGCACUCGUAAGUCCUGGGUCCUCCCAUUGUUUCUCUCCCCAAUAUAAAUUUAUCUGCUGUACUUCUCACAGAUUAUUGGUCUUCUGAGAUGCCAAUAAUUACCCUAAAACUUGCCAUUGGUUAUGCAAGAUUUCAUUGCAGUUGUCGGUUCUAAAGCCGGUAUGACAAGUGGUGGGCUGAUGUAACAAGAACCUGUAUUUGUAAGAGAAUGCUGUACAAAGUUGUACUGUAUAUUGGGAUACCAUUAAUCAAAUGCAUAAUUGAUUACUGUGGUUGUCUUCUCCAAACACACACAAUUCUCAGACUUGCGCAUGCCAUUGUUGUGGUUUGCAAACAUGGUUCUGGUUUUGUAUAUCCUAAAAAAAAAAAACUUCUCUACGGAAUAAUCACAUGCACAAAUCUUCCAUGUUCACUGUAUGGUAAUAGAGCCUCUAGCAUUCUACAUGUUCUUUGGAAAUAGUCAAUGAAAUGACCAUUGCUAUCGACUCACGAAGAAAGAGGCAUAUGUAAAAAGUUGCCUCUCUGUGGUCUGUCAAAUAUGUGCAACAAAGGAUAAUAUCCAACAGAAUAACUUUAUUUAAAAAAAAAAAAUGUCUUCACCUCCUAUUUACAAUUUCUAUGUGUGGAUUGGGACUGUCUCUUUGCUAGAAUACAUGGACUUUAUUUUAAAUGUGAGCUGUUUGUAAGGGAGGUCCAGGUUUGUCUUCUUUCCAAGAACAGUUAUAAUAUAAGCUUUCACUUCCUUCAUUUGAUUUUCUUUUUUGGAUAUUAUAACCCUUCUGACCCUUGUAGUGAAGAUAAUGCAGAAUGGUUGGUAUAUCACAGUGGUGACAGCUUUACUCCUUUAUCCAGUUGCAUGUGCAGAAACAAGCAUCUAUCCAACCCUCAACAUUGUGGAAGAGAGAAAUAUAUUUUUAUAUCAUGUUGUUUAAAAUGAUGUCUUGUUGGGUGUGUCUCUGUUUUUCUUUUAUAUUAAAAUAAUUAAUGUUCCGGACACCUUUAUAAAAAGGAAACUGGGAUUCAGGCACCCAGGGGACUGUUGCUGCAAUGUUCACAGAUUAACCUCUUCCUUGUGUCAUCGAAUAAGCUGUGCACUGCAGGAAUUCUUACAAAUUGUAUGCUCGUAAAUGAGGUCCAACUGCUCAUUAAAGUCUUCAACUACAUGUACAUUUGAGUGGCUAUAUUAACUGAUUUGUCUUAGUAGGUCUUUAAUUGUCUGGAACAAGAAAGGACAAAGGUUUUACUUCCACUAGAAAGUGUCAUUGGGUGACCUUUUUGCAUAUGUGCACUGUUUACUGUUGGGUGGUGUGAGGAUUCGCCCACAUAUCUUGUUCUUGUCUAGGGACUCUUAUAAAGAUUGUAUACAACUGUAUACCAUAGGUUGCUUUCAUAAGCUUCCCAACUUAUAGAGGUGGUACGGCCACUCCAGAUAUUAAGUGCAUUGCCAUUGUAAACCAAGAUGCGUUAAAUCACUGUGACUUCACAAAAGGAACUUUUCGAUUUUCUACUUUACUAUUUGGAAUGUAUCUCCCGGUGGGGAAAAUGCCUGCAAGUUAUGUUACAAAUGCCCUUGCAAUAUGUAUAAUGCCCCUCCCAUCAAUAAAAUGGAAAUUCUGACUGGUACUAAA